UCCGUGUUUCCCCGGGAGCCCAUCUGCCUCUCCUGGCAGCGUUUGUUUACUGCCUGGGAGAAGAAGAAAAAAACACGCACACACGCACACACCCUGGGAGACAGACCAUCUACCUCUCUCCACCCGUGCAAUUAGAACGAAGGGGCUUUGAAAAGCUCCACAACAGAAAGGAACAAGUGCGACUUUACUCCAGUUGCUGCGUUGUCUGCCAUUUUACAAGAGCAGUCGAGUCGCGACUGGGUGGUGCGACGUUCACGUGAAAAGCAAACAAACGUGGAGUUGCCCUUGCUGCCGCGUGGAGCUGCAGGAAAUCUCGGAAAUCUCAGCGCUGGAGCACGCCUCGGAGUUAGGAGUAGAAACGACGUACAACGAGGACAACCCUUUUGCCAUGCUUUGGCCAACAUUUGACGCGCAUUCGGGGGACGAUUUGAUUUUUUCCCAAAUUCACGCGAACGUAACGCCACGCGUGGCACCAGCGAUCUGGACUCACAGCGGCUAAACGGCACGGAAUGACACAAAAUGCUUUUUUCCCCCCGGUGUAAAUACUUCACAUUUAUGUGGACGUAACAUCCCAUUUUUUGUAGGCAAAGUGUGGCGUUGAGUGUCCGCGGCGCAAACUUUGACGUGUGUGGCCUGGUUGGCUGGCUGGGAUUGGCUACUUUUGACAGGUAGCUUGUUAGCUCCAGGUGGCUCGCGUUAGCUGCCAGGUAAAUCCGCUUUUGCGCUCUCUCGGUCGCUUGGGUCGAAGCCACAAACCCGCGGAGAAGCCACACGUAGCUGGUUGGCUUAGCCUUAGCUUUAGCCGCAGUAGCUCGAGUGAACACGUUGGACUCGUUCCUCCGCCCAUCUUCCGGGAUGCCGUUGAUUUAUAUUUGUUUACUUGCUGGCUCACGCCGCAAAAGCAAAACAAUUUCCUGAAGAAGAAUUACACCCCCUAACAACACCCCCUCACGCCCUCCCUUUUUGUGCCCCCUCCCUCGUCACAAGAAGGAUUACUCGGGGAGUUUUUCUGACGGCUCGCAGCAAAUUGGCGGAUGGUGCUCGAGCCCGAGUCAGUUAUGUGGCUCCGGACUUUGGCUCUUGUUUUGGCCGCAGCCUGCUUCGUGACCACCACCGCGGAGAUCUGUCCAAGCAAGGACAUCCGCAACAGCGUGAGCAACCUCCAGUCGCUGGCCAACUGCACGGUGAUCGAAGGCCACCUGAAGAUCAUUCUCAUGUUCGGGACCAAGCCCGAGGACUUCCGGGGUCUGGCGUUCCCCAAGCUGACGGUGGUGACCGACUACCUGCUGCUGUUCCGCGUGUACGGCAUGGAGAGCCUCAGCGACCUCUUCCCCAACCUGACGGUGAUCCGCGGCAACAACCUGUUCUUCAACUACGCCCUGGUGGUCUUCGAGAUGCUGCAGCUGCGCGAGCUGGGCCUGCACAGCCUGACCAACAUCACGCGGGGAGCCGUCAGGAUCGAGAAGAACCCGGACCUCUGCUACCUGUCCACGCUGGACUGGUCCAAGAUCCUGGACUCGGUGGAAGACAACUACAUCGUGGCCAACAAGAACGACAGGGAGUGCGGGGACGUGUGCCCCGGGGCGUCUGUGGGGAAGACCACCUGCCAGACCACCACCAUCAACGGACACUUCAGCGAGCGCUGCUGGACGCAGAGGCACUGCCAGAGAAUGUGUCCCGUCCACUGCAAAUACCGCGCCUGCACCCGGGACCAGCAGUGCUGCCACGAGCAGUGCCUCGGCGGCUGCCUGGAGCCCCGGUCGGCCGCUCACUGCGUGGCCUGCCGGGGUCUGCGGCACCAGGGCGGCUGCGUGGAGCGCUGCCCCGACGGCCACUACACCUUCAAGGGCUGGCGCUGCGUCUCCUUCGCCUUCUGCCGGGACCUCAAUGACAGGUGCAAGCGGGAGAAGGAGCGUAGCCAGAGCCCCGAGUGCCACGAGUACGUCAUCCACGACGGCGCCUGCAUCCCCGAGUGUCCCUCCGGCUACACCACCGUCAACUCCUCGGCGCUGAACUGCACCCCAUGUGCCGGGCUCUGCCCCAAGGUGUGCAUUGGUCUGAAAAUCGUGGACUCGGUCACGGCAGCGCAGGCGCUGAGGGGCUGCACCGUCCUCAAUGGCAGCCUGGUCAUCAACCUGCGCGGAGGAAACAACAUAGCGGCGGAGCUGGAGGCCAGCCUGGGCCAGUUGGAGGAGAUCACCGGCUACCUGACGGUGCGGCGCUCCUACGCCCUGGUUUCGCUGUCCUUCUUCCGCAAGCUUCGUGUCGUCCGUGGGGAGGAGACGGAAAUUGGCAAUUACUCCUUCUACGCCCUGGACAACCAGAACCUGCGACAGCUGUGGGACUGGUCCAAGCACAAGCUGAGCAUCCUGCAGGGACGCAUGUUCUUCCACUACAACUCCAAGUUGUGCAUGUCGGAGAUUCGCAAGAUGGAAGAGGUCGCCGGCACCCGGGAGCGCAGGAACGACAUCGCGUCCAAGACCAACGGCGACCAGGCAUCGUGUGAGAAUCACGUGCUGAAGUUCACUCAGAUCCGCACCAAGAGCGAUAAGAUCAUGGUGAAGUGGGAAGCCUUCUGGCCUCCAGACUUCAGAGACCUCCUGGGCUUCAUGGUGCUCUAUAAAGAGGCGCCGUUUCAGAACGUGACCGAGUUUGACGGGCAGGACGCGUGCGGCUCCAACAGCUGGGUGAUCGCCGACGUGGACCCGCCGCCGCGCUCCCCCGAGGGCGACAAGUACCACUUUGAGCCGGGCCACCUCAUCUUGCCCCUCAAGCCUUGGACGCAGUACGCCAUCAUGGUCAAGACGCAGCUCUCCGCCUCCGACGAGCACCAGGUCCACGGGGCCAAGAGCGACAUCAUCUACGUGCGCACCAACGCAACAAAACCAUCGGUCCCUCUCGACCCCAUCUCGUCAUCCAACUCGUCCUCGCAGAUCAUACUGAAGUGGAAGCCCCCCAACGACCCCAACGGCAAUAUCACCCACUACCUGGUCUUCUGUCAGCGGCAGGCCGAGGCCAGUGAACUCUACAAGUUUGACUACUGCCAGAAGGGGAUGAAGCUGCCCUCGCGGGUACCGACUCAGGUGGACGGAGACGAGGAGCAGAAGUGGAACCAGACGGAAGAGCAGGGACCCGGCACGCGAUGCUGUGCCUGCCCCAAAACGGACAAGGAGCUCAAGAAGGAGAAGGAGGAGCUGGAGUACCGCAAGACCUUUGAGAACUACCUCCACAAUGAAGUUUUUGAGAUGAAACGCUCAAGACAACGGCGCUCGGCGAUGGGCGUGGCCAACCAAACGCGCCCGUCCCCCACUGCCGCUUCCGGCGGGCUGUCGAGCACCGUCAUCCCCGAGGACGAGGAGAUGUUCGAGAGCACCAAGACGGUGGUCACCGUGCUAGCCAAAGAGUCCACGGUCAUCUCCAACCUGCGCCACUUCACCAGCUACCAGAUCGAAAUCCACGCCUGCAACCACCCCACCGACGCAGCCCGCUGCAGCAUGGCAGCCUACGUCAGCGCCCGCACCAUGCCUGAGGACAAAGCCGAUGACAUCACGGGCCCCAUCACGUACGAGGUGUCCGACAUGAUUGCGCACAUCACCUGGCAGGAGCCCGCCGCCCCCAACGGCAUGAUCAUCCUGUACGAGGUCAACUACAAGCGCAUCGGCGACAGCGAGGAGCUGCACCACUGCGUGUCAAGGAACAUGUACAAAGCCACGCGGGGCUGCAAACUGCGGGUGAUGCACUCCGGCAACUACACGGUGAGGAUCCGAGCCACCUCCCUGGCCGGGAACGGCUCGUGGACCAAUCCCACCUACUUCUACGUACAAGACGCGAGAGAUCCUCUCAACAUCGCGAAGAUCGUGAUCGGACCGGUCAUCUGCGUGCUCGUCCUCUUUGCAGCCUUGGCGGGAUUUGCCAUGUUCAAAAAGAGCCAAACUCAAGGGCCCAGCGGUCCUAUCUACGCCUCGUCCAACCCCGAGUAUCUCAGCGCUAAUGACAUGUAUGAGGAGGACGAGUGGGAGGUGGCCCGCGAGAAAAUCAAAAUCCUGCGAGAGCUGGGCCAGGGCUCGUUCGGCAUGGUGUACGAGGGCAUCGCCAAGGACAUCGUCAAGGGCGAGGGGGAGACGCACGUGGCCGUCAAGACGGUCAACGAGUCGGCCAGCCUGCGCGAGAGGAUUGAGUUCCUCAACGAGGCUUCCGUCAUGAAGGCUUUCAGCUGCCACCACGUGGUACGUCUGCUAGGCGUGGUGUCUAAAGGUCAGCCCACCCUGGUGGUCAUGGAGCUGAUGACCCACGGGGACCUGAAGAGCUACCUGCGCUCCCUGCGCCCUGAUGCUGAGAACAACCCGGGCCGUCCACCUCCCACGCUCAAGGAGAUGAUCCAGAUGGCGGCCGAAAUUGCCGACGGCAUGGCCUACCUCAACGCUAAGAAGUUCGUGCAUCGAGACCUCGCCGCCAGGAACUGCAUGGUGGCGCAAGACUUCACCGUCAAAAUAGGAGAUUUUGGCAUGACCCGAGACAUCUACGAGACAGACUAUUACCGUAAAGGAGGGAAGGGCCUGCUGCCCGUCAGGUGGAUGGCACCCGAGUCUCUGAAAGAUGGGGUGUUCACUGCACAUUCGGACUGCUGGUCGUUCGGGGUGGUGCUGUGGGAGAUCAGCACGCUGGCCGAGCAGCCUUACCAGGGCCUCUCCAACGAGCAGGUGCUCAAGUUUGUCAUGGACGGAGGAUACCUGGAUCGACCGGACAACUGCGCAGACCGACUACACAACCUGAUGCAAAUGUGCUGGCAGUACAACCCCAAGAUGCGUCCGUCCUUCCAGGAGAUCAUCGAGAUGCUGCGUGACGACCUGCACCCGUCCUACCGCCAGCGCUCCUUCUUCUACAGCGAAGACAACAAGCCCCCCGAGAGCGCCGACGACCUGGACCUGGAUGUGGACAACAUGGAGAGCAUUCCGCUCGACCCUUCUUCCUACUCGCAGAGGGAACUCCGCUGCUGCCCCGACAGGGACGGAGGCGGGGGAAGUUACGAGGAGCACCACAUCCCCUUCGUGCACAUGAAUGGCGGCAAGAGCAACGGACGCAUACUGGCUCUACCACGACACAGCCCCUCCUAACCGGACCCCCUCCUCCCACAGAAUCUUUUUUUUUUUUUUUUUUAAACACAUAAACACACAUAAAUCACACACUCUCCAGAAAACCCUCAAUGCAUAUCUCAGGAUUUUUACUUUUGCUACACACACACUACAGUGCUUUUUGUAAGUAGAACCUCCUCCAGCUUACCUCUGUACAUACUAUAUAUAUAUAAAUAGAGAGAGAAAUAUGAAUUUUGCCAAUUUUGUGGAUAAAGAAUUCAACUGUGAAACAAGGCUGCUAACAACAACAAAAAACAACUUUGGGAUGAAACCAAGGGGUGGGAAACGACAUAUGUACAUAUAAGCCCCUUAAAAAAAAAAAAAAAAGUGGGAGGGUUCCCCAUUCCUGUGCUGAAAGACUUCAUUCUCUGGUUAUUGUGUGGGGGGGAGCAGAAAGAAACUACAUAUAUGGACCCCUGCCAAGGCAUUGGAGAAAAUGGAUCGCCGCCCCAAAAAAGAACAACCACAAAGACGUUCCCCACUGCCACGUUAAAAGCUCUCUUUCUCUAGUUGUUUUGAAAAUGAGAGAGAUGGACACGACAGUGGCGCCUUAAGAUACAAGUGACCCGACACAAUUAUUUCUAGAUUCUAGAUUUUUUCUUUUUUGGGGGGGGGGGGGGCUUGAACUUGAAAGCAAAAAAAUGAGAGAUACGAGUGCUGCAUGGUAGCAGUGUCUUCAGUUCAACACACUUCACAAUAAGCAGUUUGGCAAAAAGUUACAAUUCUUCAAAAAAGCGUCUUUGAGCUGCUAACUACCCGAAUAUUAAAAUUAACCACAGGUUUUCCUUCGAAAAGUACGCUCAGUUUAAUGGAAUAUAUAAUGCCAUAGUCUGGCUCUCAAAUAGCUCCAGUCAUGGUGUUCUAACCAUGUAAGCAACAGAUAUUUAAAUUCAAAAAGUGGAGUCACACGUGUAGACAGAUAAUUUCACCUUCGCAACUCACUGGUGUAUAUUCUUUAUCCUCUACAAAGAAGAACUAACGAUACUGUUGCUUACUGUGAAACUGAUCAGAUCCAAAUAUCUGUAUGGCUGUAAUGUACUGCCCCCAAUUGUUCACAUUAUAUUUAAUUGUGUCAUUACUUUAUGUGUUUAUAAAGUACAAGAGUAGGUUGCCAUUGACUGAAGGAAAUAGUAGAGUGCUAUUUUUCUCAUUAAAAAAAAAAACAUGACAAUUUUUUGCUUUUUGGGGAGACUUUCACAGAUUAUAAGUAUUUUUUCUGUGCAAUUAUGAUUUCAGAUAAGAAUGUGGUCACAUAAUGAAUUAAAGUCGUAUCUCAAGGCGCCACUGUACUUAUAUGGACCCCCGUCGAGGUUUCUGAGGAACUGGACCCCCCCCCAAAAAAAAAAAAACAACCACAAAGAGGUUGAAAAAAGGGGCUCCCCACUCCCGUGUCGAAAGGCUUCUUUCACUGCUUGUUGUGAAAAAAGUAGAAGG